AUGUUGAUGAGCACGUUACCAGGUGGUGUUAUCUUAGUUUUUAUUCUAGUCGGUUUGGCUUGUAUCGCCAUCAUUUCUACCAUUAUCUACAGAAAAUGGCAAGCUAGACAAAGAGGUUUACAAAGAUUCUAA